AAAGGCAUCCCCUAGGAUCAGUCAGAAGCCGGCUGGCUGUGGCAGUAAUCGCUGACGCCUUUUCGAGGAACAAUACUAAACAGUCGGGAAUUACUUGUACAUUUGUUUUGUUUAAUAGUUGAUGUGUCUGUUGUCUUGUAGUCCACACUACGCCGGCACAUUUUGGCGAUUGACAAAACUUUAAAUCACGCUACCCAAGGCCCCGUCACAUGAACUUAAUCCGGAAUUGCCAACCGGCUUCCGGGAAGAAUCCGUACAGCUUUGCAGACUCAAGGAGAGAAAGCAGUGAGAUUACUGGACGAACCACCACAUUGGCAUUCCUCAGAGCCUUGCUCCCUUACCAGGGACUGAAUACUGUUUCUAAAUAUAUGUGUGCCGCUCCCAGCCCCCCCAUGCAGAACCCCAGGAAAUGAAUAAAGCACCACAGCCUAUAACGGGACCCCCCCACCCCACCCCAUCCCCUGGACUCUCACAGCCCCCCUUCCCCCCUGGGCAGCCCCCCUCUGUCGUGUUCGCCUCCCCGCCUCCACAAAUGAACCCGACACCCCAGCCCAGACAGUUUGCCCCGGGGCCUCGUGCUUUGCACCAGCAGCCGUACUAUGGCAGCAGGCCCAACGCCCCCCGCGGGGUCCCGCCCCCCAGCAGCGCCCCGCGGCAGGUGGCUCCCACACACGUGUACCAGACGACCGCCUCCCCCAUGAUGAUGAUCCCUCAGCAGCAGAUCCCCUUCGCCACUUCGCCCCAGGGCCCCGCCUACUUCAUACCUGGAGGACAGUACCGCUCGACAUAUGUUGCUGCCGCCCAGCAGUACCCGGUGCAGCCCGGCACCCCAGGCUUCUACCCCGGCACCAGCCCAGCUGAAUAUGGUACUUAUGGGGCGUACUACCCGGCACAGCCCCAGUUCACGCCCCCUGUGGCCCCGCCUCCCGUCAUCAUGAACCCUGCCCCCCAGCAGCAGCAGGCCCCGCCCCCUCCACCUCAGCCCAUGCAGUCCAAAAGAGAACGCAAACAGAUCAGAAUCCGUGACCCUAACCAGGGUGGCCGUGACAUCACCGAGGAGAUCAUGUCGGGUGGCCGUACUGGCUCCACCCCGACACCCCCGCACGUCUGUGACGACCCUGCGCAGAUACCAGAUGACUCGGAGCUAACCCAGGCCAACGGUGAGAGUGGAACACCUGCGCCUGUGGUGGUCAGACCAGAUGACAGAGGUGUCCCGACGCCCCCACCCCCGUCGAAGACCCCCGAGCCUGUGAAGAGCGAGCCUGCCCCGGAGGUCAUCCGCCCCAGCACGGCCGUCUCCUCGCCUCCCCCCGCCCUGCCCCGGGAGGUCCCUCCCACCCCCCUGGCCGACACCACAGCCCCUGCGCUCGCCACCCCCCCUCCCAGCAGCCAAGUCUCCGACGUCAUGGAUGCACCCCCACCCCGGGAACCCUCCCCGACCCCACUGGACCCCUCGGUGCCAGCCUACCCUGCCCCUCUCCCCACCCGCCUCUCCAAGACCCCUGCGGUGAAGGAGGAGGAGGUGAAGGUGGAGGAGGAGGUGAAGGUGGAGGAGGUGAAGGAGGAGGAGGUGAAACAGGUGAAGGAGGAGGAGGUGAAACAGGUGAAGGAGGAGGAGGUGAAACAGUUCAAGCAGGAAGCGAUGGCGUCCGCCAAGCCUGUCGGCCCAGCCCCGCCCUCCACCCUGCCCUCCAGCAGUAAUGGGGUGCCCGCCCACCCCAAGGAGGCGGAGCUGGCGGUGCUGUCCAUCAGCAUCCCCUCCACCCCCCAGGUGGAGGCUCCUCCAGAGUCGCCCAUCGCCCAGCCGGAGGAGCUGCGUCUUCCUAACGGCCUGCCCCUGCCCCUCCCCCAGGACCCGGAGCGCCCCUGCAGGGUCCUGACCGAGCGCCACGCCAGCCCCAUCGCAGAGCCCAAGGUGGACCGCACCGUGGUUGCCGCGCCUGUGGUUGCCGCGCCGGUGGUUGCCACGCCCGUGGUUGCCCCGCCCGUGGUUGCCGCGCCCGAUGUUGCCGCGCCGGUGGAUGCCGCGCCCGUGGUUGUCGUGCCGGCGGCUGUCGUGGUGGAGUCGACAGUCCCCCCAACGUUGGUGGACACGGUGAUCUCUGCUGUGCUGGAGACGGUGGCGUUGGUGGACACGGUGAGCCCUGUACUGGUGGCGCCCUUGGCCGAGGCCCCCGCUGACCCCGAAACCACCGCUGCUGUGGCUCCUCCCCCUGCUGCCGAUGACAGGGAGGACACACCCCCACCACACAUCGCCCCCGCCGGGGACUCUUCUAUGCAAGCAUCUGCUGUGUAUGUGCCAAAGAAGAAGAGGAAGAUGAAGGAGCUGAACAAGAAGGAGACUGUAGGAGACCUCCUAGAUGCCUUUACUGAGGACCAGGUGGUGGGUAGCCCCCCUGAGGUGGAGAAGGCCCUACCCCUCCCUGCCUCCGCCCCUGAGGCAGGGGAGGCCCAGACCCCUGCCUCCGCUGCCCCGCCCGCCGCUGACGAGGUGGACGAGACCUGGGAGGAGAAGGAGGACAAGCUGGAUGCUGAGAACAUCAAACCCAAACAGGGAGAGCUGAAGUACCAGUACAAAGGGGAGCACUGGAAACCCAUCGACCCGGAGGACAAGAAGCGGUAUGACAGGGAGUUCUUGCUGGGCUUCCAGAAUUGCACCGCCAGCCUCAGCAAACCCGAAGGCCUUCCCCACAUCAGUGACGUGGUCCUGGACAAGGCUAACAAGACCCCCCUGCGUCAGCUGGACCCCAGCCGCCUGCCAGGGAUGAACUGUGGGCCCGACUUCACACCCUCCUUCCUGGGUAACCUGGGCCGGCCUGGCAUGGGCGGUGGAGGAGGAGGAAGAGGUGGAGGAGGGGGCAGGGGGCCGCCGUCCGGUAUGGGCGGUCCCCGAGGCUCCCAUCAGGGCCAGAGGAAAGAGCCGCGCAAGAUCAUCACCAGCAUGUCCCUCAACAACGACGUGCAGCUCAACAAGGCGGAGAAGGCCUGGAAGCCCGGCGUGAAGAAGGCGGCGGGCCGCGGCGGCCCCCCGGACGAGGAGAACGACCCCGAGGAGCUGAAGACCCAGGAGCUGUUCAAGCGCGUGAGGAGCGUGCUCAACAAGCUCACGCCCCAGAUGUUCCAGCAGCUGAUGAAGCAGGUGCAGGAGAUGACCAUCGACACAGAGGACAGGCUGAAGGGGGUCAUCGACCUCAUCUUUGAGAAGGCCAUCUCGGAGCCCAACUUCUCCGUGGCAUACGCCAACAUGUGCCGCUGCCUUAUGGGGCUCAAAGUCCCCACCACCGACAAGCCAGGAACCACUGUGAACUUCCGCAAGCUCCUCCUCAACCGCUGCCAGAAGGAGUUUGAGAAGGACCAGGACGACGACGAGAUCUUUGAGAAGAAGCAACAGGAGCUGGACGCCGCCGCCCCGGAGGAGAAGCAGCGUCUGAAGGCGGAGCUUGAGGAUGCCAAGGACAAGGCCCGGCGGCGCUCCCUGGGCAACAUCAAGUUCAUCGGGGAGCUGUUCAAGCUGAAGAUGCUGACUGAGGCCAUCAUGCACGACUGCAUCGUCAAGCUGCUGAAGAACCAUGACGAGGAGUCUCUGGAGUGCCUCAGCAGGCUGCUGUCCACCAUCGGCAAGGACCUGGACUUUGAGAAGGCCAAGCCUCGAAUGGACCAGUACUUCAACCAGAUGGAGAAGAUCAUCAAGGAGAAGAAGACCUCGUCCAGGAUCCGCUUCAUGCUGCAGGACCUGCUGGAUCUCCGACGGAACACCUGGGUUCCCCGGAGGGGAGACCAAGGCCCCAAGACCAUCGACCAGAUCCACAAGGAUGCAGAGCAGGAAGAACACCGGGAGCAGAUCAAAGUCCAGCAGCAGUUCUUCGCCAAGACUGACAACAGAGGAGGUGGUGGAGGUAGUGGAGGAGGAGGUGGUGGAGGAGGAGGAGGGAGAGGUGGGCAGGGGGGACGUGGGAGCCAACACACCCCCCGGGGCCGUGAGAACCAGCCUCAGGACGAGGGCUGGAACACGGUGCCCAUCACCACCAAAAACCGACCCAUCGACACCUCCCGCCUCAGCAAGAUCACCAAGCCUGGAGCUCUGGAUUUCAACAACCAGCUCCUGGCCCCUGGGGGCAAGGGCAUGUGGGGCAGCUGGGGCAAGGGAAGCAGCGGAGGCACGGGGGCUAAACCAGCCGGGGAACCAGUGCCAGGUGGUCAGGAGUCAGGUGGUCGCCCUGCAGCCAGUAACAGGUUCUCGGCCCUGCAGCAAGCCGCCUCCACUGGACUCUCAUCCGACGCUGACAGAAGAGUGCCUCAGAGGAACAGCUCCAGUCGCGAACGCUACGACCGGCGCGACGGGCCAGAGCGCCUGGACCGCGGCUACGACCGGCGCGACGACCGCGGCGAGCGGGACAGGAACCGUCCUCAGGUCACCAAGCGCAGCUUCAGCCGGGAGACGGAGGGCCGCGGCGGCGACCGGGAGCAGCGCAGCGGAGGGGGCGGGGCCGACCCGGUCCGCCGCGUGGCCAGCAUGACGGACGACCGCGGCAGCAGAGAGCGCGCCCGCAGCAAAGAGAGCGUGAAGAGAGAGAGCACCCCCACCCCUCCUCCUGCCCAGACCAAGCCUGCCUUGAGCGAAGAGGAGCUGGACAAGAAGUCCACAGCCAUCAUCGAGGAGUACCUCCACAUCAACGACAUGAAGGAGGCGCUGCAGUGUGUGCAGGAGAUGAACAGCGGCCAGCUGCUGUUUGUGUUUGUGCGGAACGGCAUCGAGUCGACCCUGGAGCGCAGCCCCCUCGUCAGGGAGCACAUGGGGCUCCUGCUGCACCAGCUCAUCAAGGCUGGAGCCCUCACCUCCCAGCAGUACUACAAAGGGCUUUUGGAGAUCCUGGAGGUGGCCGAGGACAUGGCCAUAGACAUCCCCCACAUCUGGCUCUACCUGGCUGAGCUCAUCACCCCCAUGCUCCACGAAGGAGGCAUCCCUAUGGGACCGCUGUUCAGGGAGCUGGCCAAGCCUCUGACUCCCCAGGGCAUGGCUGGAGGUCUGCUGGUCCAAAUCCUCCAGCUUCUCUGUACAGCAAUGAGCCAUAAGAAGGUGGGCACCAUGUGGAGGGAGGCGGGACUUAACUGGAAGGACUUCCUGCCGGAAGACGAGGACGUCAACAAGUUUGUUACAGAAAUGGAUGUAGAGUUCACCCUGGGGGAGGAGGUGGAGAGGAGCAGCCUGAAGGGGCUGAGCCUGGACCAGUUGGCCCAGCAGCUGGACAGACUGAUCCAGGACCAGGCGGACAACCAGCGCAUCUUUGACUGGGUUGAGGCUAACCUGGAUGAGGAGCAGCUCUCCUCCAACUUGAUCGUGAGAACUCUCAUGACUUCCGUCUGCCAGUCGGCCAUCAUCUGUGAGACCCCGUACAAGGUGGACGCGGCUCAGCUGGUCCAGAGGGCCAAGCUGCUGCAGAAGUACCUGAGUGACGAGCAGAAGGAGCUGCAGGCCCUGUACGCCCUGCAGGCCCUCCUGGUGGAGAUGGAACAACCUGCCAACUUGCUGCGUAUGUUCUUUGACACGCUGUAUGAUGAGGACGUGAUCAAAGAGGAGGCCUUCUAUAAGUGGGAGUCCAGCAAGGACCCAGCAGAGCAGCAGGGCAAGGGCGUGGCCCUCAAGUCUGUCACCGCCUUCUUCACCUGGCUCCGUGAGGCCGAGGACGAAUCAGACAACAGCUAGGACUUGGCCCCGCCUACCGGCGCGCCUCUGGAAGGAACCGAAGAGGAUUUACAAAAGAAAAAAAAGAAAAAAAAAGGUUAUUGCUUCUACGGUUUUGAUGAUCCUUGAAAUGGGGUCUGUUUGAAACUACAAAAUCCUUCUGCGCAAACACAACAACAACAAAAGAAUGGAGAAACUGGGAGAGAUUGUACUACAGAUCCGUUUUCCUUGUUUUUUUUUCUGUGCUUCAUUUUGUUUUGGAACUAAAUAAAAUUGAGAAGCGAAUUAGCGUGCGCCUCGUGCCGAGGUUUUGAGCUUGCUGUUCCCUUCAGUGUUUUUUCAGGUUUUACCUCCUGUUUUAAAGGUGCGUCACGUUGCCGACGGCAACACCUAUUCAAGACGUUUCACAAACCCCCAACUGACAAAAGACGAUCCCCAACAGACAAAACUUUCAAAAGCUGCUCACACAUCUAUAUUUUUUGAUUCUGUCGUGUCGAUGAGACAUGAUGACAUCAUGUGUUGUGUGUAUGGUCUACCUGAUGCUCUUACCUAGUGGGUUUGCUCUCUCUUUGGGUGUAGAAUGAUUGGAGUGCGUUUCUUUUUAAAACUGAAAAAUGGACACGCUGGGAUCGUCCAUGGACAUUUCAGACGUACAAUGAUUGGGGUCCCCUCCUAGCUUCCUGUAGACUGUGUCGGGACAGGAAGUGAUGCGGAAGAAGGACGAGAGGGGCGAUGGACCUGUUGCUGCUUUGGGGGGGGGGGCGCUCAAUGCUUCCAUAACGGCCACGCCCCGCAACCCCACACGCGUUUGCUUAGGCAUUUCUCCAACACUUCAAACAAACUACGGGGCGGGAAAGGGAUUGAGAGCCUGGCGAGGCCUUCUGACAAACCUGUAGUGCAUUUUAGAAAGAUAAAAUCAUUAUUAAAACUUGAAAAAGCUAUAUAGAUGAAUCAACUUUUAAAGGCAACACAAAAAAAGGCAAAGUUAACAGUUCAAAUCCUAAGGCCUUUUCUGCUUCCUUGAGUGGAAAUGCAUUUUAGGACAGUUCUGUAAAUAAGGAGUUCUGUUUUAUUUUUCAAAAUAAGUGCUAAUGUAAUUUUUUUUUCUUUCUGAAACAGUGUUGGUUUCUCCUGUAUUUAUAUUUCUCUCCUCAGCUAGCAGAAGGUGUUUGUAAUUAUCCACCGAAGUUAUUGAUUACAAUUUAAUUGAAUGUGUAAAUACUCUUUUGCUUUUCUUUAUUACAUAUUUAAUUAAGAAAAAUAAAUGCCUCUUUUCACAUCUGAAACUGGAAAAGAUAAUAAAGAACAUUGCAAAUAAAAA